UGUGGGUCAUUAGGACAAGGUGGACAAGGCUGUGGUUCUAGUGGAGAUGCUGGAGUCAUCUGCUCAGAAGUCCGGCUGGUUGGAGGUUCCCGCUGCUCUGGGAGGUUAGAGAUACUUCAUAAUCAGACGUGGAUGUCAGUGUGUGCUGCUGCCUUUGACCAGCAGGAUGCAGAGGUUGUGUGUAGAGAGCUGGACUGUGGGGCUCCUGUACAGGUGCUGGGAGCAGCUGCUUUUGACAAAGGAGACGCUCAGAUGUGGACACAAGAGAUUCAGUGCAGAGGAAAUGAGUCUCAGAUUUACCUCUGUCCAACAUCACUAUCAGUCAAAAGCAGCUGUUUUCAUGAGCACACUAUUGACUUAAUGUGUUCUGGCAUAAGGAAUGUGAGGUUGGUUGGUGGUCACAGUCGCUGUGCUGGCACGGUGGAGGUUCUUCAUAGAGGUCAGUGGGGAACAGUGUGUGGUGCUGGCUGGGAUAUGGCUGAUGCUGCAGUGGUGUGUAGAGAGCUGGACUGUGGAGAACCUGUAGAUGCUAUGUACGUUGCUCGUUUGGAACCUGGAUCAGGACCGUUCUCAAUGAAAAAUGUUGCGUGCACUGGAUCUGAGUCCACACUUAAGAAAUGUGGAUUGAUCCAAUCAAGUUAUCCUGAUGUGUGUCUUGAUAAGAAUGCUCAUGUCAUUUGUUCAGAAGUCAGGCUGGUUGGAGGUUCUCGCUCAUCUGGGAGGAUAGAGAUACUUCGCAAUCAGACCUGGGGUUUACAAGAGAUACAGUGUACAGGAAAUGAAUCUCAGAUACACCUCUGUCCAAUAUCACCAUCACAUGAAAAAAAAUGUUCUCAUGUUGGACUAGUGUGUGCAGACAUUAUAAGAGUGAGGUUGGUUGGCGGUCACAGUCGCUGUUCUGGUACAGUGGAGGUUCUUCAUAGAGGUCAGUGGGGAACAGUGUGUGAUAUUGGUUGGGAUUUGGCUGAUGCUGCAGUGGUGUGUAGAGAGCUGGACUGUGGAGAACCUGUAGAUGCUCUGGGUGCUGCUCAUUUUGGACCAGGAUCAGGACCAAUCUGGAAAAAUCGCUCAACAUGUAUUGGAUCAGAGACUACACUGAAGAACUGUGGGUCAGUAGAAUGGGGUAUUUAUGAUUGCGAUCAUAGUAAAGAUGCAGGAGUUAUCUGCUCAGGCCUCAGGCUUACUAAAAACUCCAGUUGCUCUGGGAGGUUAGAGAUCCUUCAUAAUCAGACGUGGAUGUCAGUGUGUGACGCUGCCUUUGACCAGCAGGAUGCAGAGGUUGUGUGUAGAGAGCUGGACUGUGGGGCUCCUGUAGAGGUGCUGGGAGCAGCUGCUUUUGACAAAGGAGACGCUCAGAUGUGGACACAAGAGAUUCAGUGCAGAGGAAAUGAGUCUCAGAUUCACCUCUGUACAACAUCACCAUCACACGAAAACAACUGUUCACAUGACAACUACCAGGGGAUGCUAUGUGCUGAUAAAAAAAAUGUGAGGUUGGUUGGUGGUCACAGUCGCUGUGCUGGUAGAGUGGAGGUUCUUCAUAGAGGUCAGUGGGGAACAGUGUGUGACCUUGGCUGGGAUUUGGCUGAUGCUGCAGUGGUGUGUAGAGAGCUGGACUGUGGAGAACCUGUAGAUGCUCUGGGUGCUGCUCAUUUUGGAUCAGGAUCAGGACCAAUCUGGAUGAGUCUUGUGUUAUGUACUGGAUCAGAGUCUACACUGAAGAACUGUGGGUCAUCAGGAUGGAGCAAACACGACUGUACUCACAAUUCUGAUUCUGGAGUCAUCUGUUCGGGUGAUAAACCUUCCAGACUUGUUAAUGGAUCUCAUCUGUGCGCUGGGAAAUUAAUGAUAAUGCAUGAUCAGACGUGGAUGUCAGUGUGUGCCGCUGCCUUUGACCAGCAGGAUGCAGAGGUUGUGUGUAGAGAGCUGGACUGUGGGGCUCCUGUAAAGGUGCUGGGAGCAGCUGCUUUUGACAAAGGAGACACUCAGAUGUGGACACAAGAGAUUCAGUGCAGAGGAAAUGAAUCUCAGAUUUCAUUUUGUUCAUUAUCAUCAUCACACAAACAGAACUGCAGCAGUGACAACAUUGUGGGACUGAUCUGCUCUAGUUACACUGAUCUCCAACUAGAAAACGGUUCAGACUCUUGUUCUGGUCGAGUUGAACGUCAGUACUUCAGUAGAUGGGGCACAGUGUGUGAUGCAUGCUGGGAUAUGAGAGCUGCCAGUGUCCUCUGUAGACAGCUGAAUUGUGGGAUUGCUGUGUCUGUUGUGGGAUCAGACUGGUUUGGAGAAGGAAGUGGUGAAAUCGAGCUGAAUGUUCACAUAGUCGAGAUGUUGGAGUCAUCUGCUGUAGUGAGAGGAUUUUAUUGA